CAACUGUUGUACGGUUCCGUACAGGCAAUUGCUAAACAAGAAGCAGGCAACGAGAGGAGCCAGGCGCUCGGAUUCGUUUAGACAAAAAGAAAAACAUUAGUUACGUGCGUCUAGCAGAGGUUCCGGAGCAUCUUCCAUAGCGUAGUGCGCCGCAGAUUAGCUCCCGUUGCUACUGAUGCGAUCGCCGUGACUGGCCGUGGUGUGCCGUCGGGGUUUGCGUGUGUGCCAUAGGUGCGCCCGGGUUGUGCGAGACGGCACAGUGCGUCGAUGUGUACGCGCGCGCUCGUGUAUGUGUGCGUGUGUGUGUAUAUAUGUGCGUGCCUCCGUUCGGAUCCUGCGAAAUACGACGGUGCUUUCAUGCCAAUUAGGAUCAACAUUCAACAACAACAACAACACAUCCAUCACCCAUCAUCAUCAUCAGCAGCAGCACCAGCAUCAGCAACUAGUCGCACACACAGUCGGCAGUGGUGGAUCGGUGUACCGAACGGGAUCCCAAGGGAAGCAGCAUCUUCCUGGCAGUAGCGAGACCGUCGGCACCCAAUCAACAAACCAUCGCCCAUCAGCCGAACGCGGGACGAAAAUAAAACCGCAACGCGACAGACAAACAACCGCAACCGACGAGGACCUGUUUUGUUUGUCUUCGCAACAGGGAGAGCGUACCGUGUAGCACCGGAACACCGGAAACCGAUACAGAGCCGAACACACACACACACACACACCCACAGGAUGGCCAUGUCCAGUUGGAUGAUCCGAAGAAGCUUAAGGCAAAGAAGUCGCCCUGCACCGGAAGAUUGUUACCGGCUGGACACGGACAAAACGCUGCAGGAAAAUGCAAACGACAUCUACACCGGGCUCUGCUCGUUUCACACCAGCAUCAACAAGCGGCUCAGCCUGCUGAACGGUUUGGUAAAGCUGAUCGAUCGGUGGAAACGUGACGCCGGCCUGGACAGUAGCGUAUCCGUCGAUGUUACGGCACCGCCGUCGGCGGGUGGACGAUCGAUGGCGGUGCUGUCGGGCGAACGGGACGCUUGCCUCGGGUAUACGGCGCAGCAGUGGAUGUGUUGCGUCGCCCGCAGCCUCGUACACCAGCUGCCACAGAUACGGGCGGGUGCGUUACGGGUGUUGCGCCGGCUGCUGCUCGCACCGUGCGAUAUGCGUGAGUUUAAUCGGCUGCAGCUGGCCCACCUGGUGUGUCGCAGCCUGGACGUGAUGCUUCGGAACGGGGAGGAACGGGUGCAGGCGCUAAAGCUGGUGCGGAGGAUGCUGGUGGUCGCACCGGACGAACUUCGGCCAGCAAUCGUACGGUGUCUGGUGGCGCUCUGUGAAAGUGGUGCCGGAGGUGGCCCUGGUGCAACGGGUCCCGGCGGAACGGGUGGUGGUCCUGGUGGAGGUGGUGGUGGUGGUGGUGGUGGUGGUGGCGGUGGUGGAGGACACAUAAGCGGUUCGGGUGGUACGGGUGAGGAUCGGCUGUUGCGCUGCUGUCUCGCUACCCUGUGCGAAAUUGGCGUGCUAAAUCCGCUCCUGCUGAUCGAGUGUGGUGGUGUUGGUGUAAUCACACGCAGCGUGCUGGAAUGCCACAGUCCACGCAUCGCGGAAAGCUUGUGCGGUGUACUGCUGUAUCUGUUGGAGUGGCCCCGCACGCGCAACAUUGCUGGCGUACAGCUAGACUGCUUUGCGGCACCGUACUGUGACUUCACGUAUCGGGUGGGCAUCAUGGAUCGGUACAAGGAUGCCCGGGAGCUGCGGUUCACUUGCAGCCGGCUUGCGCUGCUAUCCGUGCUACGGUCCUGGGCCGGCACGAUCGAGUUCUGUGAUCCACAUCGACCGUCCGGGCUGCGGGCGCUCAUCGACAUCCUGUACCUGAACCAGCUCGAGAUACGGAAGGCGGUACUGGAUCUGCUGUACGAGCUGAUCGGUCUCCCCCAGCCGGUCUGGACGGACGAGUACUCGGUCGCGAUGUCGGUGGUCGAUCCGGCCGAGUAUCAGGACGCGUGGCGCCUGCACGAAGGUUUCGUGGCCGCGGAAGGGACCGCCAUCCUCCCCAGUCUGGCCGGUGCCGUACCGAACUUGUGCGAAAUUCAUCUCGCACUGCUGCUGUACUGUUUCGUCGAGAACGGUUUGCUGAACGCGUUGAUCGAGGUAAUCAUCUCGAGCGAUACGUUCAUCUCGGUCCGGGCGACGAUACUGCUGGCCCGCAUCACCCACCAGAUGCACUGUUUGCUGCCGGCAGAAAUCUGUGCCCGCACACCGACCGCCACCCUCCCGAUGCUGGUGACGCGCGCCAUCGAAGGGAAUCAUCAGGCACGGGCCGCCAUAACAGCGCUGCAGCAGCACCAUCUCAUGUUGCAGAAUCGGCCCGCCUCCUGCAGCCUGUACCUGGACUGUAUCAUCCAGAGCGGUGAGCUGAUCAAUACGCGAGCCUUUCGCCGAGAGCUGGUACCGCCGACCCGAACCGCGGGCCAGCCGGCCAGCUGGGACAUGACCACCCCGUUCAAGUACGGUACGCUCGAUGGGUUGAAGCGGGUACGGCACGAUUCGAGCGGUUCGAGCGGUGGCGGAGGUAUCGGCAGUGCGGCCGGUGGUCUCGGUGGACUGUUUGGGAAUCUUUCCUGGAGCAACAACUACGACGGAUUCGUGCGGGACGUGACACGCGGCAGUACCCGAACCGGUGGUACGAUCAAGCGCACGUCCAAGCGAAACGUGCUGCAGCAGCUGUGGGCAAGCCUGACGGAAGGCGAUCGGCUGCUGAAGGAAUCGAACGUGCUCGCGGUAAAGGAUGCGAACAUGUGGGAUUGGGACAUCAUCAUCACGAUCUUGCGGUCGGAUCUGCUCGGUAUGAAGCUGGACGAGCAAAAUACCCGGUUCGUGCGCCGGAUUGUGGACUAUUUUAAGCCGAGCAACAAUCGCUUCUCGCAUCAGGAUUUUGCGCAUCUCAACAGCAACCGGCAGAUGCCGGCAUACGUGACGGCCGGGCUGGAGUUGAUCGAUGCGAUGCUUCAAUCGCCGGAGCUCGAAUAUAUACGCAUCCUGACGGAUCUGUUCACCGACAUUAGCCGACAGCUGAUGGCAAUUCACGCGAAGAAAUCGGCCCACGAGUGUCUGUUCAGCCCGUUGCACAUGACCGGUACGAUGUGCCAGCACUACUUCCUGUUUAUCGGGCGCAUGUGCCGGACGGAGGGCGGUCUCGAGAUACUGCGCAACACGGACGUGUUCAAGGAACUGACCACGAUUGUGCUGAAGACGAACCAUCUGUGCUACGUGAAGCUGAUCGUGUCCGGGCUGGACUACAGUCUCGAGGGUGAGCCUCGGCUCAUCCUAGCGAAGGCAUUGCUGCGCCACCCUUCGCCGAAAGCCCGGCUGUACGCAACACAGAUGCUGCGCGUGUUGCUCCGUGCCCGGUUGCCAAACUUUGAGGUGUGGGGCAUUCAGCUGAUGUUGAAGCUAGUGGCGGCAAUGCUGGGCGACGGGCAGGCACGGUGCGUGCAGACGGCCGCGCUAGACCUGCUGGAGGAGGCAUGCUACGAGCGGACGUACCUGGAGGAGCUCGUGUACUCGUGGCCCCGGUUGGAUCGGCUGGGGCCCCGCGGGAAGAUGGUGAUGAUGCGCUUCUAUUCGAUUCCGCGCGGUAUCAACCAUCCCGAGGCACACACGGAGAAGGAGCUGGAGCAGUGGGUGAACGUGUACAACGAGCAGUACGUGCUGUUGGUUGAGUCGGAUACGCACGCGCACCUGACGCAGCACAUCCGUACCGAGGACGGCACGUACAGCAGGCGGCAUAUGGCGAGCAGUGCGCCGGGCGAAAGUACGGCCGCCGGUGCACCGAACCUAGCACCACAUCUGUACGGGCAGCUCGUGCAGACGAGCAAAGGGUUCUCGCAGCUGCUGAAUCACGGUCGGCUGCAAGAGCUCGCCGAACGCGUCCGCGUCGGUCGGUGCAACAACGAGCAGGACUGUUUGCGGUUGAAGGCGGCCCUGUGGGCGCUCUGUCACACCUGCACGAGCAAGGAAGCGAUCGAGUUCGUGAGCGAGCAUUUGCCCUGGCUGUUGCCGCAUCUGGUGCAGCUCGUCCGGACCGCUGACGUGUACUCGAUACGUGCAACGGCACUGGGUGGGCUUUGUCUGGUGGCCAGCACGGCCCAGGGUGCCGAUGCUCUGCGUACGUUGGGUUGGGUUUCGGUGCGGCACGAUCGCAACACGCACUGGCCCGUAAACGAACCGGGCGACUGGGAAACGGCGGCACCCGUCGCAUCCUCCACCGGUAACGAGAGCGAUGGAGGCGAUGGGCCCGGCCGGCGACGGCACAGCUUCGCCUCCACCGAGGACGACAGUACGGCGAACAGCUUCUCCUUUCUCGCCUCUACCUGUCUCGUCUCGGUCACCGGUGGAGAUCUUUCGCCCAUUCCGAGCACCUCGUAUCUGGCCGGCAGUGACGACCGGGAAGUGGUCAGCGGCCGUAAACAGCACCGACAGAUGUUCCACGUACGGCGACCGCUCCUGUCCAGCUCAUCGGCCGACAUGACCGAUACGGAGGAUGUGCCGAUGCAGCUGGACAGCGGUGAACGGUUGUUUUCCUCCUUCCGCACCUCCACGAUACGAAGCCUGGAUCGGAAGUAUCAUCGUCUUAGCCUGCAACACUACUCCUUGAGCGAAGAUGGUCAUUACCCGAGCGUUAAAGUGAAAGCUUCCAUUUUUCCACCCAAGCCAAACACGCAGGGUCCCUGCUUUAUCGGUAUCUGCUUCCCGCAGGACAUAAUGGAUCUGUUUCCGGAACUGGAAACACGGCACCCGCUUGCACUCGGUUCGCUGAUGCAGCUCGACCGUAGCAAGGUGCGAUCGAAGGAUGCGGGCCGGUCGAUGAAGGUGAUGAAGGUGCGGGUGAAGACGGGAUCGGACGUAGACGAAUGGAUCACCGUUGACUACGAGCAGGAGCAAGGGAAAGGGAGCGCACCACCGAACCCGCCAACCGUCAGCUCACCUACACCAUCCUCGGCCCCGGAAGACCCGGACCCGGACGACGGCCGACACCAGUGGUGGACGCACGAGAAACACAACCGGUCGCAGUGCGUGCGGUGCUGUCGAGGCAAACGGGCGGACGAGCGAUGGAAUCCGACCACCGACGACGACACCGACGGUGGCACCCGUGAACGGCCCGUGCUGGACGAAACGAUCGCCAACAACGUACUGCGGCACGUCCAGCGUAUGGCAAACCCGGUCUGGAGCAAACAGUCCCGCAGCGUCCUGCUCGACAUCAAGCAAUCGCAUCCGGUCGCGUUCCAGGACGUGUGCCUGUACUCGGAAGUGUGCCGCUUGCUGGGCUGCAACACCUACCGGCUCGGGUCCCGCCGCUUCCUGCAGGAGCUGUUUCUCGAUCUGGACUUUCUCGGCAGCGGUAAACCGACGGCACCGGGAGAGGUGCCGAGCGUGCUGGACGGUAAGCAGCAGCACCAGCAGCAAUACCUAGCCUACCUAUCCAUGUCGAAAGCCCUCAACACACCGCUACAGAUCCAAACGCAAAAUCUUCCACCGAGCACGAUAACGGGCAAGGGUCCACCGUUGCCUGCCGGUGGCGUAGCGUUUCUGCUGCGCUCCCCACCGCUCGCCAGCGUGCACGAGGCGAGUGUGGAGAAUCUGGACGAAAUGUCCGCCACACCGAAACGUGAGCAAGGGCAGCCUGCCGUACGUGAUCCACCACGGCAACCAGCGGGACCACCGGGUGACGAAGAAGCAACUGUGCGUUUGCGUGAACCCACCACCACUACGUCCUCCUCCUCGAUGCCACCGCCACCUGCUGUCCAUCGGCCCCGCUCGAUCGGUGGCCAGAGUGGUGCUAGCGUGCUCGGCGCAUCGGCAAACGCUCGGCCCCGCUUCAACACGCUCGAGCUCGAUCUGAGCUGUUCCCGCAACAAGUUCCCGAUCCGGGAUCGGAGCAAGGUCGACUAUUCGCCGACGACGCCACCGGUCGCACCGUACGGCAGCGGGGUACCGUCGUGCCCGGUCGGGUUCACGCUGCCACUGUCCGCGAGCAGCUCGUCGGCAUCGUUCGUCAGCACCGGCAGUGCGUCCGCCGUUACCAGCCCGACCCAGUGGCAUCCGAACGUGGCGUCCACGUUCGGCCGGCUGUACUGCGAGCAGCGCUUGCGGCUCAAGACGUCCAAAUCGGAAGCGACCCUUACGAAGAACCAGUAGCGAACCGUUGCAUCAUCGCGUCUAGUCAGGAACGCUGUGGACAGCUAGAUAGAGGCACUCGACCCCGUUCGAUUAGUUGUUUAGAUGUAUCGUUCCUUUGUUUCUGUUUUGUUUCUUUGUUCUCAUAUGUAUUGUAUAGGAAGGAGAGGGAUUAACAGAGGGAAAAAAGGGAGAGAUCGCAGGGAGGAGCUGUAGCAAUCCAAAGUUACGUUAAUUCUGUUCCUAACAUGGACAUUUCCUCUAAAAGCGCUCUACAUACAUGCACUGCGAUACGUUACAUCUUUAGUUUGAAUUAAUUGUAGUUUGUAUUGUAACAAGGCACUCAUUGUCUCGAGGAGUUGCUUUAGAAUGUUUAUUUGUGCGUGUGCGUGUGUAUUUUUUUGUUGUAUUCUUUGUGGAAGCUCCCUCUCGCAAACGAGCAUAUACAUGUAGUGGUGUAGUGGUGCGGGAAAGUGUCAGGCCCUUGUUCGUGAUAGAAGCAUGGCUCGUCCAUUUUCCGACCACAGCCCAACCCAACAUAGUAGGGAGGACAGUAAUGGUCAGUCCUCGACUGCAUCACACCCUCACAAUCACACCACCCAAAAAAACAAACGAUUGUAUUAUACUUAGUGGCGUAAGGUUAGCUAGGAGUAUAUAGAAUUUGGAACAGCGGUUUGUUUCUUACCACCCACAACCCCCCCCCCCCGCCCCCCACUACCCCUUUUUGGCGCUCUAUACAUAUAUACAUACAACUAUUAGCCCCGUGAUGUGAUCGUACAUAGCUGUUUGCCUGGUUGGGUGUUACUGAUAUGUAUACCGGAUGUGUUCACCGUGCCGCCCCGUGCAUCAAACCGUUAAACUAGCAAUAAUGUGACCGGGUUUUUUGGUGUGUCUGUGUGUGCGUGUGGGUUUAUUUGUUCUGUUGGGAGCGUACAAAACCCCCCGUGGGGUCUGUUUUGCUAAACCGGCAUCGGAGGCGGAAGCUGAGGAGACGGCACUGCACGUGAAGCCUGCUCUGCUUUGCCACACCGGGACACGACCAACCACCCCAUAAUCGACAGCUAAAAAAGUGAAUAAACAAAAACCAAGCUCCCUUGUUUUUUGAUGCA